UUUCUGAAUCAGCUGAUGGAAGUGGAAUUUCUGAGAGUAAUUUAAAACAAAAUAUUCAUCCAGUCCUUAAUUCAGAAAAAGACGUUCUGGAUGACAAUGAACCAGAAGUCAGGGAAUGUAUAAUUAAAAGCACUACAUUUUCCGAUAUUUUUGAUGAAUCUAAUGAUACAGAAGAAUACUCUGAUAAAUCUGAUCAAGAGAUAGAACUAAAUGUUCCUCUAUCUCCAGCAGAGACCACAUCGAGUGUUUAUAAAGAGUAUAAAAAACGGCCUUUGCUUAGAGAUUUUAGCGAACUCGAGCGCAAUUCAUUAGUUUCGGAAGUAAUUUAUGAAGAAGAAGAACCUGAAUCUGGAGACGAUGGAUCAGAAAGUGACGGUAGCUUUCAUUCAGACACCAUCUUCAUUGAUUAUGAAGAAUGUGAUGUUAACAUCAGCACAACUGAUGUUUCGGACAACUGUAAUACUGAGAACAAUGCAUCAGUAAUUACCGAAGAAGAAAAAUCUGUUGCAGACUUGUCUCAUUUAGCAGAAAAGAGUAAUUCUUUGAUUUCGUCUGCUGAACAGAAAAAUCUAAAUGUUCCUCUAUCUCCAGAAGAAAUCACGUCAAGUAUUUAUGAAGAGUAUAAAAAACGGCCUUUGCUUAGAGAUUUUAGCGAACUCGAGCGCAAUUCAUUAGUUUCAGAAGUAAUUUAUGAAGAAGAGGAACCUGAAUCUGGAGACGAUGGAUCAGAAAGUGAUGGUAGCUUUCAUUCAGACACCAUCUUCAUUGAUUAUGAAGAAUGUGAUGUUAACAUCAGCACAACUGAUGUUUCGGACAACUGUAAUACUGAAAACAAUGCAUCAGUAAUUACCGAAGAAGAAAAAUCUGUUGCAGACUUAUCUCAUUUAGCAGAAAAGAGUAAUUCUUUGAUUUCGUCUGCUGAACAGAAAAAUCUAAAUGUUCCUCUAUCUCCAGAAGAAAUCACGUCAAGUAUUUAUGAAGAGUAUAAAAAACGGCCUUUGCUUAGAGAUUUUAUCGAACUCGAGCGCUAUUCAUUAGUUUCAGAAGUAAUUUAUGAAGAAGAGGAACCUGAAUCUGGAGACGAUGGAUCAGAAAAUGAUGGUAGCAUUCAUUCCGAUACUAUCAUUGAUUAUGAAAAGUGUGAUGUCAACAUCAGCGGAACUGAUUUAUUGAACCAAUGUCAUAUUGAAAACAAUGAAUCAAUAAUUGCUGAAGAAGAGAAGUAUGUUGCAGACGUAUCUCAAUUAGUAGAAAAAAGUCAAUCAUUGACUUCUCUAGAUGUCAAACUAUGCAAUUCAAAUUUAUCUAUCGAUGAAACGCCAAACGUUUCUAAUGAGUUUUAUCGUUGGAAUACAUUUAGUAACGGAUUUGAGGAAGUAGAAAAUCAAAAUAAAGUAAACAAAGAAAUAUUACAAUCUAAUUUUGACAUUGUAAAGCAUUUACAACUUGAUAAGAAUUAUGCUGAAGGUGCAAUUGAAGUUGAAAAAGUUGUGGAUGUCGAUUAUUCAAGUUUACCAGAAGAGGAAUUAUCUGCAAAAUCUAAGAAAGAGGAAGAGAGAAACUGUGCGAGUCUCUUUUUAUAUUACUUUCGCAGACUUUCAAGUUUGCUUUUUUCUUGUACAAAAUCAAAAAAGUAAUCUUCGUUGCUCAUUGGAAGAUGUGGUUUUGCAUAAAAUGGCGUUGAGUGUUCAUAGAUUUAGUGACAGCGAAGUUUUCACCAGAGAAGAAUCAAAGGAAUAAAAUGCAAAGUUCGGAUGUUUUAAAAUUAAAAACUAUAAACGCAAAAUUUAACAAGAUAAAGCAUUUUCUUCCUCUGAACCGUUUUAAAGACUUUUUACAUCGUUGCACGAUCGAGUCAUCUUCCGUUUUCUCUCAUCAGAGAGUCGUUUUCAUUUACCAUCUUGAAGUUGAUUCAACGUCUUAUAUUCAUUUGUUAAUAUAUUUGUUCUCAAAAUUUAAAAUUUAUCAUUUAAAAACUGAA